AGUCUUAUAGAGCAGAUGUCAUCUGGCGGAGGACUCAUGCAGUCAGACAGCUGAAUCACCGGAGAACAUUUGAUAGAAGAAAAAUGGCCCCAGCUAGGUCUUCUAUUGGCUACCCUUGGAUUCUUGAUUCGAUUAGAAAAUAUAAUGGAGAACCAUUUGUGCUUAAAGCAGCCCCUGCCCAGGUGGUUGAGUUUCUGAAAAUGCCAGAGCGAACAAAAGAGUGUCAGUAUCCAGGAGCUGUUGUUCAUAUUUCUGAUCGGCAGUACUAUAUCAGAGCCAUCAUCACAAAGGAGGCACAGGAAACUAUGGAACGAGAAGAUGAGCAUUUUACAUUAGCCCAUAUCAAGAACAAGAUGGUUAUCUUGAAAAAAGUUACACUCUCCUUUGCUGCAGAAGAGGAUCUGAGAUGUUGUGAAUUUUUUCUGACCAUUGAACAUUUUUGUAUUCUGCCCAUGGAGAUAGACACAGUGGACCUAUUGAACUGUAAUGUGGAGCCAGGAGUAUUGAAACGGAUCAAGGAACUUUGGCAGAUGUAUAUGACAGAGCUUCAAAAGAAGGACUCCAUGUCAGACAUGAACUCAUCAGAUAUUUCGCUUACUCAGUUACUUAUGAUUGCAAGUGAAGAGAAGCUCGGUGAAUUGAAAUCCCUUGCAGAGCAGUGUCUUGAUCUUAACUCAUAUGCCACCCAAGACAUUUCACCACAAGCUAGAACAUUAUGGAGUACAGAGAUAAGAAACAACAAGAGGAAUGACCACACUUUUUCAAUUCCGAUAAAUUUGCUCCUUAUCCCUCCAGAAGAAGAAGCGGCUCUGGAGCAGAUGUCAGAGUUCAGACCUGAUGUUAAUUCUGCCAGUGAUGCUGAUAUUUCUUCUGAAGAUUUGGACCAUGAUGGGUCGGAUUCAUCUCAACAAUAUAACAGCGCAGUAUCAACGCUCUCCCAGGAGCCUAUGGAAGAUGCUUUUUACGGUCAGCCAGGAAAUCCCUGGAACAACCUGCCAUCUAUUUGUGUCAGUGGCUCUAUAGGUUCUGUUGCCUCUGACCCUUUCAUCACUCAGCAGAACAAUGAGAAAGAUCCAGCUACAGAUUCAGACAGCACCCCAGAUAUACCUCACUAUCAUCAUGAUAAAUCACUGAGUGGCUCAUCUGAAAGCCAGGAUGAGACUACGCCACUGAAGCCUUCUAAACUACUAUCCCACCAGAUACAGUCUGAAGCAAAAAUUUCUCCAAGCACAAAUCAAACACGAGCUUCAAGUAGUGAUUCUGAUCUCCUGUCUAGUCAGAGGAGACUUUCAGACUGUAGCCAAAGCUUGCUUAGCUUAAUACCUCUUGUCCAAGGCUCCUCAGGUCAGAUACACACCUCUCCACAAAGAAAAGCAGCCUUGGAGAGUAAAGUGCCAUUAAGUCCCAUAUCAACGUAUGGUUCAGGAAACAAUCGUGAUUAUAAAAUUAUUAGAAACAUUUUCCCAGCAAAUGGUAGAAGGCACAUUGAGACCUGCCAUAGCCCCAGAGAGUGGAAGGCAAUGAAGAGGAAGCAAGCUCCAGAAGAUCUAGAUCCCAUACGCUCUGACCAAGAGCAACAAGCAGCAGUCCAUCCAGAAAGGCCAGACUGUGCAGCUGCUGUGAUGUCUUCUGAGUCCACUGCAAUCAAUGGAACUCAGACAGAAACAGAUAGCAGUACUGAAGAAAGAGCUAAAACAACUAAUUAUACCUGUAUGUAUAAAAAGCAAACAAGAAGAGAACAGGUAAAUAAAACGGCAAGCACUGACAUUGCAGUAGCAUGUGCAACAACUCCAAUCAGAAAGAAAACACUGCCACAUAAACCCUGUCUAGAAUUUGUGACCAAACCAACAAUGAAGGCGCCAGAAAACUCUGAAAAUGCACUGCCUGCUGCAGACUUACCGACAACAAGCUCUAAAGAUCCUUCCAGUGUAUCUCAUGGACAGACCUCUGUUUUUCAGGCACCUGUUCUAGAAAUGAAGAAGACAAAAAUGACACACUAUGACGGCAAGCCCUUCCAGUAUAAGUACAAGCCUCCAUCUGCUGACCUUUGUACUCGGGUGAACGCAGUGCGGAUGCCCGCAGACCUGCAUCAGUGGGCAGUUACGAUUCUUUCUGAAGCCAAGAAAACCCAUCCAUAGGAUCUAUCCUGUUGUUUCUAAGGCUGAGAACCACUUCACC